AUGAUUGCAUCAAUUUCAACAGAAAGCCAAUCAAUAUUAAAUUCAACAUUUGGUCGAUUGCUGAUUGGCGCUACUCUCUUUGCCGGUAUAUAUGGUGCAUGGAAAUUGUUACAUAAUAAUCAAGAUGCUAAAAAAAAUCUUGAACAUGCUAAAAAAGAAUUUACAAAAUAUACACCCGACAGUAAAUUACAUUAUGAUAUGGUAGCUCAGCACAUACCAAAAGAACAUCAGAAAUGA